GGCGCUGGGCGUUAGCACCGCAUGCGCAGGAGGCCAGGUGCCCGCCGGCUGGUGAAAAGCCGGUAGCAUCGCGGGCAGCCCGGCGUCCUCAUGGUGCUGUGUCAGGGCGGCGAGGCCGCCGCUGUGCCGGCUGCGGCCGGGGAGGAGCCGGAGGUGCCGUUGAGCCGGGAGGAUGGUGCCGGUCCGGGGCAGCCUUGCCCGUGCCCGGCGCCCGGCAUGGAGGCGGCGGGCGCCGAAGAGCGCCGCGUUUGUGGCUGCUGCUCGGGCUUGUCCUGGCCGCGCUGCUGCAAGGCACCCGGAACAAAGAAGAAAGCUGCCUGUCCAGGACUUGGUCUGUUCUAUACUGUACUGUCUGCCUUCCUUUUCUCAGUGGCCUCUUUAUUUCUUAAAAAAAUAGAAGACGUACAUUCAGUGGAAGUGAGUGCAUUUCGAUGUAUUUUCCAAAUGGCAUUCGUUCUUCCUGGUUUAAUAUACUACAAAACAGGGUUUUUGGGACCAAAAGGCAAAAGAAUUUUUCUUCUCUUCCGAGGAUUCCUUGGCUCCAGCGCAAUGAUUCUUCUCUACUAUGCUUUCCAAGUCAUGCCACUAGCGGAUGCCACUGUUAUCACUUUUAGCAGUCCUGUUUUUACAUCGUUGUUGGCGUGGAUCUUUCUCAAAGAGAAGUACAGUAUUUGGGAUCUUCUGUUUACCCUCUUUGCAGUCACUGGAGUGGUGCUUAUUGCCAGACCACCGUUUCUGUUUGGGUCAAACGUGACGGGGAUUGAAGGAAGUUACACAGAUCACCUUAAAGGAACUAUAGCAGCAAUCACAAGCACGAUAUCUGCAGCUUCGACUUUGGUUAUACUAAGGAAGGUGGGGAAAUCUGUGCAUUACUUUUUGUCAAUUUGGUAUUAUGCAGUCAUUGGUUUAAUUGGAUGUGUUAUAGCAUUGUUUGUUAUGAAUGAAUGGCGUUUACCAUAUUGUGGCAAAGAUAGGGUUCUUCUAAUAUUAAUAGGCUUGUUAGGGUUAGGGGGUCAGAUAUUUCUCACAAAAGCAUUACAGAUAGAGAAAGCUGGACCUGUAGCCAUAAUGAGAACAAUGGAUGUGGUGUUUGCUUUUAUACUACAAAUCCUUUUCCUCAAUCACCUACCAACUUGGUGGACUGUGGGUGGUGCCCUUUGUGUAGUAGCUAGUAGUUCUGGAACUGCCAUUCGUAAGUGGCGACAAAGCUUGAAGAAAGCUAAGCAAAAUGAAAUCUAACAGUACAGACACUAAUUAAUUACAGAAACGAGCAGCCUUUAAAUAUAUAUACAAUAUUUAUUUUUAUUUCAAUAUCUCAUUUACCAAAUUGUAGUACCAAGUUAUAUCCAGUAAAAUAAGUUGAUUUUUCUCAAAAACCAAAAUCGAAGAUGUUUUAACAACUGAUUAGAUAUAUGCUUUUCUUUAUCUUGUUUAGGCAUGCAAAUAUGAGAAGUAGAAAGAUAUCUAAAAGUCGAUUGCUUCCUAUCAAAAGUGGACAAUAGUUUUUUGCCUUUAUUUUCCUGAAAUUCCUGAUUCUCCACUUCUGAGACGCUUUGUCUACUCUUCUGAGCAGUGGAAAUCAGUCUCCCAGGCUUAUUUAGUGCUAUUCUGUGCUUGAUUACCAGAGGGACUGAAGUAAAAAAGUUUGAAGGGAAUGAAGAGUUAUGAUCUUAUAAAAAACCAGCUUUUCUAGAAGAGAUAAAACUUCCACAUUUACAAGCUUUCUUUUUUUUUUUUUCUCACAAAACAGGUGCCAAACAGGGAUUUAUUUUUAAUUUGGAUUCUAAAAGAACAAAGGCCAGUUCAUCUUGCCAAGUAAUAUCAAGAGAAAAUUAACUUGUGAAAAUUAUGUAUCAGAUUUGCUUUCUUUAAAAAGGAUUUUAAAUGUUUGCACUUGCUUUGCAGACAUACUGAAACAACUAAUCCCUUUUUCUUUUCCCCAUAUGAUUUUCCCAAUAAACAUCUCUUUAGUUACUGCAGUUGCAGUGAUGAGAGAACAGUUAACUGUAUACCACUCGUAAAUUAGCUCUUUCUUGGGGUAUGGCAUGUUAUGCUGUAGCUGCACUUUUAUUUAUUCUAUGCAAAAGUUUAUAUUUUUUAGGUAUGUAGUAUAGGUUAUUUUAAAUGCUGCUUAUGACCCUUUCUUAGAUUCUUCUGUACAGAAGUUCUUUAUGAGACCAAGUUUAAGUCUUCUUGGCCUUCAUAAAGUUAGGAGGAUUUCCACUGGAGUAUUUGCCUGUUUCCUGAGAAUUUACAAGAGUGCAGAGUAAUUGUAGUUUCACAGAAAAUGCAGGUUAGCCAAGAUCAUAGCAGGGGUUCUACAGACCAGGUUUGAGGAGAGCUUGGUGGGAUUGGGGAACUGUGCACACACAUUGCGUGAUGUGGGGGCAUCCAGACUCCAUCCGGCAGCACCAGUGGGCACCUUCAACCCUAUUUCUCCAGCUGGCCCUUUUAAAUCUGCACUUAGUCACUUUCCUUAUACAUCUUCUCACUUUUAUAAGCUUUAUCUUGAUAGCAACAAAUACUAAGGAAAAAAGCUUGUGUUAUUGAUCUUAGUGUCCUUCAUGUUUGAGGAGGAAUAUAUGUUUAGUAUCAGGUAGGGGGAUUUUCCCAAAUGGAGCCUUAGGUAAUUUUGGGUAUUGUCUCAGUAGUCCUUAAAGUGAAUUUUAACUUGGAUCUUUCCUUGGUCCUUUGUAUCAAGAGGUGGUUUUCAGUUAUUUACUCCUGUGUUUUUCUAAAGGAGAAUGCUGUGCUCUGUAGACUCGAUACAUAUUUGUUUGUUUUUCCAAAUCACUGAAGGUGGCAGAUGUUUUCUUAUUUUGAUUUACAGAUGUGUAGUGACUUUUCUUCUGCCAAUAAGCAUUGCAUCCUGGCAGGGCAGAUCUAGCGACUUGAGUCCUGAAGGGCUGGAAUGUGUGUAAUGCUUUGGGAUGCAUCUGGAUGUGAGGAGGCAUCUUUCUGCAAGAUUCUGUACAUAUACCAGCACCCUGAAUUCAUAUACAUUUAUGGACAGGAGCAGAUUCUACUUGAGUGAUAGAAUUGGUUCCUGCUGAUAGCUGUCCAUUCUCUGCUUCUCCUGAGGGCGGAAGUUCAGAUGCUGCUGACAAGGUCAGGUGUAGUAUGAAACUGCUUUCACAUCACUUUAAAGCCUGAUGUAAUAACAAAAUUCCAGUUUGGCACCCAUUUCACUUAAUACUUGAAAUUGUAAACUGAGAUUGUUUCUUCUGCUGCUCAGCCAUCGCUGCCGGUGAGCAACAGCUUUCAGGAGAGGGAAGAAAAACAGACUGUUCUUGUUAGUGCUUCACUUCACGUUUAGUAUGCGUGUGUUUGAGUUGGCACUCACAAAGGGGUGGUUCCAGGGCGGUUCAGGCUGAUGUGAACUUGGGUUGUGAGCUGGUCCUGCUCCCUCCCGUUGGCUCCGUGCUCAUGUGGUUCGUGGGGAGCUGGUCCAGCUACUUAACCUUUGGGUGAGGUUUUGGAGAGGGCAAAACCAGAGCAGCCUGACCUUGAUGACAGCGUGAAAAUGUUGGCAAGGGGAAAUAGAUAAUAGUUUAAAUUACAGCGUAUGGAUGCUGUUUUGUUAGUACAGAAUAAAAAUAAUGUGGAAGCUCAUAUCGAAAAAUCUUUAGGUCAUAUGAUUUCAAUGAAUCUUGUUUACACUUAGAGAAGAACAGACUACUGAAGCAAGGACUGUUUGCUUGCCCCUAACAUAUACAAAAGUGUAGAAAAUAAGCUGAUCUGAAAUCAACAACCUGAUAUAGUCACUGAUAACUUUUCUCUCAAGUUCUUGCAGGAACCUUUUUGGUACAUUUCCCUACCUGCAGUGCCAAAAACUCCACUUUUUAUUUUUUGUCCAAACUUAUAGGGUUUCCUUAUGGCUCAGUCUACUUAUUUCCUUUUGCUGUUCCUAAACCUUCAAAAAUAUUUGAAUUAUUAAAAUAAUAAUCUAAACAAGAUCCUAUGUUGGAGAACAUUGUAUUUUUUGGAACAUUAUUUUGACUUGAUUAGGGCUUCUCCAGCUGUAAUGCAUGGCAAACUGGAUUCUGUAACUAGCUUUUCCAGUUGAUGUUGGGAAUGGAAGACAUUUAAGCUUUAAGUUUUUUUUCAUCCACCUCAAGUUUUUAAUUUUUUUCUUCCUCUCAAAUGUAGGUUGAAACCCAAAAUUUUAGUUGGAAGCCUUAAAGAUAAUUAAAUUAUGCAGAAAUAUGGAUACCCUAUUUUUAAAUUGAAAUAUUUCUUACCAUUCCUUUUAAAAUGGUCAAACUUUUUUCUCUUCUAGAGUUCGGCAGUUUGAGAAUCUGAAAAUGAACUGACAAAGCCUUGAUUCUUUCAGAGUCUGAUUUUUAAUUUUUUCCCGGAUAAUUUAUUUUUGAAAGUGUUUUUUAGCUUUUAAUACAGCAAGAUUCUCAGGGUCAAGUGUUAUUUUUCUAAGCUUUGAGUCAGAAAUAUAUUGCUAAUGUUCAUAGUAUGUAGUGUCCUCUUGUGAUCUUUACGCUAUUCUGAAGUUUAAUAAAUGUACUUUUCUAAUAGGAAGUCCUUCCUCUGUAAUAUGAUGGAGUAUUGUUGCAUUGCGAUUGCUAUGCUAUAAAGUUAAGUUUCUCUUGAAUGGUAACGUAUUAAUUCAAUAUACCGAUUUCAGUGGAUCCUGAAUAGAAAGAGUAAUAAUUAAUUAUUGGUUGUUUUGCACAUAAACACAGGGUAAAAAUAUCUGGUUGUUACUGAUGCCUCACAAGCAUGUUUCUUAUGCUCUUUACUAUGCAAAACAGUGUUACCAUCUGUUGUCCUCUGUGGGACUUUACAGCCUUGAAGCCUUAUGCACUCUUCUAUAUAAAGCUGAUGGCUGAAAACCUAUGUACUGUCACUGUGCAGCAGCCACUUUCUUUCAGGUUAAAUUGGUUGUCAAAGUUUGCUCUAAAAGCUCUCUAAAUACAUCUACACCAAGAAUCUGGCAAACUUGUGUACAUCAUUACAAUGGAUUUCCUGCAUUUGUCUAACACCAGGUGUGAAGUAACCUCAACAUAACAGCAUUGGCGAAAUAACUAGUUCAGUGUGUCAUUUUUCUUCUGAAACCUGAAACUAGGCUCUUUCCCGAUUCCAAACGCUCUUCUAAGAUGGCUCUUUUUGGAAUGGGUAAUGACAAGUUGUAUAGUGCUACCCUUGAUCAUAAUUUAGUAUAAACACUACCCCCCUGUCCCUGCAGUACUUCAUCUUCCCUGAGCUCUUGUUCAAGAGCAGUCUGGAAGAAAGUUUGUUUCUAAAGAGGCGGCCUCUGAAAAGUUACUUCCUUGCUAACUGGCAGUAGUUAGCCAGGAGGAGUCUGUUUUCCAGUUCUCUAACCAUGGUGGGCUGGUUCAUGGUGUCUGUCCCACCAGGGCAGCAGAAGCAGCAUCAGCGUGGCUGCUCGGGUUCAGGGCUGGCCGUGGUGACAGCAGAUGUGCAGCACUGACCUCAGCAGGACAUUGCAGUUACCAGCAGAAUGUUUUCUGUGGUCAUAACUGCCUGUCCAUCCAAAGAAAAGUUGUGGCUUUAUGUUCCUGCAGAUGCAGGCAACUUCAGGGUGGAACACACAUGGACUUCUAUGGUGACAACACUUCUCUGUAGCAGAAUGAGUAAUUUUCUAUGUUAUGUGAGUUAUUGUUUCACAAAAAGGGGGUAAAAAUACCCUCAGCGUUGAUUAAAGGAUUUUUACUGUGUCCUAAAUAUUGUUAAAUAUAUGUUGAAUAAUAUGUUUUGUCGAAGUUACUGGCUUUGUUAUGUAGUAGUAUAUUUUUAUAGACAAUUCUUAUAUAUUGAAAUGUUAAGAAUAUUUUCAUAAGAGAUUUAUAUUCAUCAUUGCUAAUAAAAUGAACCUGAAGAAUUAA